CUAUCUCUAUGUUUAUAUCAGGGUUUCUCAACUUCUGCCAUAGUGACAGUUUGGACUGGAAAUUUUCUUAUUGUGUGGAGUUACCCGGCAUAUAGUAGAAUGUUUAGUAACAUCCUAGGCUUCCAUUAGGUACGAGUAGUAACCUUCUCCUAGUUGUGACAUCCAAAAUGUCCUAGGCAUUGACAAAUGUUCCUUGGGGACCAAAUGUUACCCACUUGAUAACAAGUUAGAUUUCUCUUUCUUUCCCUCUUUCCUUCUCUCUCUAUAUUCAUGUACUAUACUUUAUUUGUGGGAGGUGGGAUUAAUUUCAAAUAACUGUAUUGGAGGGUUUGGAUUUAUCUUAUUCAUUUAGCAUAUUGCCUUUGUAUACUAAAGAUCUAUCAGAUGAUGCUACAUAAACCCUAUUGACUAUGCUGAUGUCUCUAUCCACAAUAGGUUUCCUGAUAGACCUAGAUGGACAAACACAAUCUAACAGGGCUGAAUGAAUUCAUUCUGUUGGGAAUCACAGACCGCCCAGAGCUGCAGGCGCCAUUGUUUGGGCUGUUCCUCAUUAUCUACAUGAUCUCAGUGGUGGGCAACUUGGGCAUCAUCAUCCUCACCAAAAUGGACUCCAAGCUACAAACUCCCAUGUACUUUUUUCUCAGACACCUGGCUAUCACUGAUCUCGGUUAUUCAACAGCCGUGGGACCAAAAAUGUUGGCAAAUUUUGUUGUGGAUGAAAAUACUAUCUCCUGUUCUUUUUGUGCUACACAGUUAGUUUUCGUUAACAUGUUCAUAAUUGGUGAAUUGUUUAUUCUGUCAGCAAUGUCCUACGACCGCUAUGUGGCUAUCUGUAACCCUUUGUGCUACACAGUCAUCAUGUCACAAAGGACGUGUUUGGUGCUGGUUGCAAUCCCCUAUCUCUACAGCACAUUUGUUUCUCUCCUGGUCACCAUAAAGAUUUUUAAUUUAUCCUUCUGUGGUCACAGUGUCAUCCGGCAUUUCUAUUGUGAUAUUCUCCCCUUGGUAUCUUUGCUCUGCUCAGACACACAGGAAAUCAAAUUGGUCAUUCUCAUCUUAUCUGUUUUUGAUUUGAUUUCAUCCCUUCUAAUAGUUCUCGUUUCUUACCUAGUCAUAAUUGCAUCCAUUCUCAGGCUGAACUCAGCCGAGGGCAGGCACAAGGCCUUCUCCACCUGUGGAUCCCACCUGACUGUGGUGGUUGUGUUCUAUGGGACUUUAAUCUUUAUGUAUCUGCAGCCCAAGUCCAGUCAGUCCUUUGACACUGAUAAAGUGGCUUCCAUAUUUUACACCCUGGUGAUCCCCAUGUUGAAUCCCCUGAUCUACAGUUUGAGGAAUAAAAAUGUAAAAUAUGCCUUACAUAGAGCUUUAGAACAAUUAUGCAAUACAUUUUCUCGACAUUCACUAUAACUUUUGAUUUAUAUGAAUUACAUUUUGUGCUUUAAACUUUUUUUCUGUGUGCCUCCAGAGGGGAUAGGAAGCACAAAAUCACAGAUAACAUUUAUUUCUGUAUUGCCUUCUACCAGUCACUCUACUAAGGCUGUCAGUAGACUAAUAAAUGAAACAGUACAAGCGUUGCCUUCCUUGAGCAGGAGCAAUGCCUUAUAAGCAUAAUAAUUAAGAAAGUUGAUAGUAUAUUAGAA